CAACGGGGAACGACGCCGUUUCCAGUUAGUACUGUACUUUCGAUAUCCAAGCUCCGUGGCGCAAUACAGCCACGUGAGAGGGAUGGACGAGGAAGGAAAAGGAGGCGUGGAAGGGGUGGUCAUUCCGUUAGCCGAGGUGUGAGUCCGUGUGCGUGUGAGCUCGCCAUCUCUGUCAAACAUUAGAGCGCUGGACAAGGGUGUGGAAGGACGAGCGCAGCGCUGGAGAGGUGGAUGUCUGUGUGUGAUCACCCAGCUUGUCAAACAUCGGUGCCCUUUGUGGUAGGACUACGGUGAAGGAGCCGGAGAUGGCCGAAACGGAUAAGUUGGAGAAGAAUCUCAAAGACAUUUAUUUAAGUGAUCCUAAAGAUGAGGCGGGGAAAGGUAAAAAGAAGAAAGAAAAAAAAGAAAAGCUACCCAUGGUUGGUGCCAUUCAACUGUUCAGGUUUGCAGAUUCUAAAGACAUUGCGCUGCUGUUCUUCGGGACCGUGAUGUCGAUGGUCCACGGGGUUGUGUUGCCUCUUAUGUUGGUUGUGUUUGGGGAUAUGACGGACAGCCUCGUAUCAAAUGCCGCAUUAGGUUACCUCAACACCAGCAACCCCAAUAUCACCUUUCCAAACAGCACAAUACAGGAAGACAUGACCGGCUUUGCCAUCUACUACUCCAUCCUAGGCGCUGUUGUGGUGGUGGCGGCCUACAUGCAGGUUGCUUUUUUUACACUGUCCGCCGGACGACAGGUCAAACGCAUCCGAAAGUGCUUUUUCCACAGCAUUAUGCGACAGGACAUCGGAUGGUUCGAUAUCAAUGAGACCGGAGAGCUCAACACCCGUUUGACAGACGACGUCUAUAAGAUCCAAGAGGGGAUUGGUGACAAGGUGGCUAUGUUGAUCCAGUCCUCCGCCACUUUCAUCACAUCUGUUGUCAUCGGUUUAAGCAAAGGAUGGAAGCUCACCCUUGUCAUCUUGGCCGUUAGCCCUUUGUUAGGUGUCAUGGCUGGACUCUUCAGUAAGGUGCUAGCAUCAUUCACUACGAGAGAACAGACUGCUUAUGCCAAAGCAGGUGCUGUGGCAGAGGAGGUGCUUUCCGCCAUCAGGACUGUGUUUGCCUUCAGUGGUCAACAGAGAGAGAUUGAGAGGUAUCAUAAGAACUUGGAGGAUGCCAAGAAUGUGGGAAUAAAAAAGGCGAUAAGCUCAAACAUCGCCAUGGGUUUCACCUUCUUAUUGAUCUACCUGUCUUAUGCUCUGGCUUUCUGGUAUGGAAGCACGCUCAUUUUGAGUGGGGAGUACUCCAUCGGCAUUGUGCUUACGGUUUUAUUUGCAGUGCUCAUCGGAGCGUUCGCCUUGGGGCAGACCUCACCUAACAUCCAGUCCUUUUCCAGUGCCCGAGGAGCCGCUCACAAAGUUUACGGCAUUAUUGACAAUAUACCGAGCAUUGACAGCUAUUCAGAGAGCGGCUUCAAGCCUGACUCGAUCAGUGGAAAUAUCGAGUUCAAGAACAUCCACUUUAACUACCCCUCUAGGCCAGAAGUUAAAGUAUUAAACCACAUGUCCCUGAGUGUGAAGAGUGGGCAGACCAUUGCCUUAGUGGGAAGCAGCGGCUGCGGGAAAAGCACCACCAUCCAGCUGUUGCAGAGGUUCUACGAUCCCCAGCAGGGAUCCGUAUCUAUUGACGGCCAUGACAUCCGUUCUCUCAAUAUUUGCUACUUGCGAAAAAUGAUUGGCGUGGUGAGUCAAGAGCCCGUCCUUUUUGCCACCACCAUCGCUGAAAACAUCCGAUACGGCCGAACCGAUGUGACGCAGAACGAGAUUGAGCAAGCUGCCAAGGAGGCCAACGCUUACGACUUCAUCAUGAACCUUCCCGAAAAGUUCGAAACGCUGGUUGGGGACCGAGGGACUCAGAUGAGCGGAGGACAGAAGCAGAGAAUUGCAAUCGCUCGAGCGCUCGUACGUAACCCCAAAAUCCUUCUGCUGGACGAAGCAACAUCCGCCCUUGACGCCGAGAGUGAGACUGUUGUGCAGGCUGCGCUCGACAAGGUUAGGCUGGGUCGUACCACCUUAAUUGUGGCCCAUCGCCUUUCAACAAUCAGAAACGCUGAUAUCAUCGCCGGCUUCCAAAAUGGAACGGUUGUCGAGCUGGGGACUCAUAACCAACUGAUGGAAAAACAAGGCGUAUACCAUACGCUCGUCACUACGCAGACAUUUCAGAAAGCGAACGACGACGAGGAGGAGGAUGAGGAGCUUGUUGAAAAAAGCCCAGCCGACAAAAGUAUUUCCAACUCCCCUCCAUUGAGGAGAAGGUCGACAAAAUCCUCCUUUGUUGGUUCAGAGGGAAAAAAAGAAGAGAAAGAAAAUUUGGUGGAUGACAAAGAUACAACAGAGGAGAGUGAAAAUGUUCCCCCGGUGUCAUUUCUCAAAGUGAUGCGAUUCAACCUUUCUGAGUGGCCUUACAUUCUCGUUGGAACCAUCUGUGCCUCAAUUAAUGGCGCGAUGCAGCCACUGUUUGCAGUCAUCUUCUCCAAGAUCAUCACUGUGUUUGCUGAGCCUGAUUUGAACGUCGUUCAACAGAAAUCUCUAUUCUUCUCUCUCAUGUUUGCGGUUAUUGGCGCUGUAUCGUUUGUCACCAUGUUUUUACAGGGUUUCUGUUUUGGUAAAUCUGGAGAGCUCUUGACAAUGAAAUUGAGACUUGCAGCUUUCAAGGCCAUGAUGAGGCAGGACCUCGGCUGGUUUGAUGAUCACAAAAACAGCGUCGGAGCGCUCACAACAAGGCUGGCCACAGAUGCUGCUCAAGUACAAGGGGCUACGGGAGUACGUCUGGCCACACUGGUCCAGAAUGUGGCCAAUAUGGGUACCGCUCUGAUUCUUGCCUUCGUGUAUGGCUGGGAGCUGACCCUGCUCAUAUUGUCAGUGGUUCCCGUCAUGGCAGUAGCGGGAACUGUGCAGAUGCAGUUGCUAGCUGGGCAAGCUGCUCAGGACAAGAAAGAGUUGGAGAAGGCUGGAAAGAUUGCCACAGAAGCCAUCGAGAAUAUUCGUACCGUUGCAUCUCUGACCAGAGAACCCAAGUUUGAGUCUCUGUAUCAUGAAAACCUCAUCGUUCCAUACAAGAACUCUCAGAAAAAGGCUCACGUCUACGGUUUUACCUUCGCAUUUUCCCAGGCCAUGAUAUACUUUGCUUACGCAGGAUGUUUCCGCUUUGGGGCUUGGCUCAUUGACCAAAAACGAAUGGAUGUUGAGGGCGUAUUCCUAGUUAUUUCAGCAGUUCUGUAUGGCGCCAUGGCUCUCGGAGAAGCCAAUUCCUUCACUCCAAACUACGCCAAGGCCAAAAUGUCUGCUGCACACCUCGUUAUGCUUUUGAACACAGAGCCUGCUAUUGAUAAUCUGUCAGAGGAUGGAGAGUCACUGGAUAAAUUUGACGGCAAUGUGCGCUUUGAGGAAGUUAAGUUUAACUACCCCUCACGCCCUGAUGUGCCCAUCCUUCGAGGGCUGAACCUGAAAGUGAGCAAGGGAGAAACAUUGGCCCUGGUAGGAAGCAGCGGCUGCGGAAAAAGCACUACCAUUCAGCUUCUGGAAAGGUUUUACGACACCACGCAAGGGAAUGUGGUGAUUGAUUCCAAGAGCGUGAAAGAGCUGAACAUCCACUGGCUGAGGUCUCAGAUAGGCAUUGUGUCCCAGGAGCCCGUGCUCUUUGACUGCAGCUUGGCCGAAAAUAUCGCUUACGGAGACAACAGUCGGACUGUAACCAUAGAGGAGAUUAAGGCAGCUGCUGAGAAAGCCAACAUUCACAGCUUCAUAGAAAAAUUGCCAAUGAAGUAUGACACUCAGGCAGGCGAUAAGGGGACCCAGCUGUCAGGUGGUCAGAAACAACGAAUCGCCAUAGCCCGAGCCAUCCUCCGUAACCCCAAACUGUUGCUUCUGGAUGAGGCCACGUCUGCACUCGACACUGAGAGCGAGAAGGUGGUGCAAGAGGCGUUGGACAAAGCUCGGCAGGGCAGGACGUGUAUCGUCGUAGCCCACCGUCUGUCCACCAUCCAAAAUGCAGACCGCAUCGCCGUCUUUCAGGGAGGAGAAGUGGUUGAGCAAGGGACACAUCAGCAGCUGCUAGCCGAAAAGGGCGUCUACCACAUGCUGGUCACCACACAGUUGGGUCGUGAUAGUGAAUGAGUGGGGUUUUCGAUUUUCAAAUUAUUUUCUUAGGUCUUACAUUUCAAAUGAUAGUGGCUGUUUGUUUGAAUGCACACAACUGUUUGUGAGUCUACUAGAUGACACGCACAAGUGCAACUACAAAAAUUCAGCUCAGGUUGGCUGAUUCCUCAGAUCAGUGUUUCGCAACUUUUAUCAAGCCAUGGCAUAUGUAUUAUAAGAGAAAAAACAUCACGGGACGCUACGAAACAAAAAGGUCACAAAAAUUAUGUAUCUUGCAAUAAUGUAUACUUGUCUCAAUUUCCACACAAACUGAUUUAUGCAGUGUGAAAUCUGGGCCAGUGUUGUUUUUUGACAGACUCUUUAGUGGUAAUUUUAGUCCUUUGGAUGAAAAUGAUUAGAUUUAUUCAAUUAUAGUUAUUUCAAGAUAUGUGAGUUUUAGUUGAUGAAAACUCCCAAGUUUUGAUUCUCGUUUUAGUGUAACCAAAUCAUUACGUCUUUUAACAAAUGUACAUCAUGUAUUUCAAAUUCAACACACAAUUUUAAAAAUAUGCGACCUUGCCGUAACUAUCAAAGAAGCAAAACAAAAAUACGUCUUGAUGGCUUAUUAAUCACAUGACCGCACCUACCCUGUACCUUCUGAUCAAUGAACAAAAGUCUAAUUUACCUGUGCUGUUUUGUUUUCUAUCUCUCGUUUGGACAACAGCAACAGGUCUAAAAUGCUACCUUUCCCUCCAUGUUUCAGACAGUCACUCAAACAUGUGUCAAUAUGAUAAAGCAUUGCAAAAAUCCCUGCAAAUUUGACACAUAAAAGUAACACACAUAUAAGCUAAUAAAUUAACGCUACCACAACAAAGCUAACUUUUACUUGAAGCUAGCUAGCAGCCCAUUUUCGCCAGGAGUUUUGUGGAAAACUUAAAGCUAAACAUGAAACUUAUCCCAAAUUUGUUACUUCGGAAUAAACGUCGGUGUGCUAAGCACGUAUUUUGAAAAUCUGACAAACCACCCACUAACUUUCACGUGAAAACUUGUUACGUUUUUACUCAUGAAAGAGCCAUGUUCAGCUCGUCGCCAUCACGUUAUCGCCAUGAA